AUGUGGGUGAGAAACCCAAAUCAGAAAAGCUCAGCAAGCCAAUGGCUCAACGGUUCUCACCACCCUCCUCUGGCGCAAACACCGUUUGCUGCGCUGCGCUCAUCACGAGAAGCCGGGGAACUCUCUUGGGUGGACUUCACGCGCGAUGAUAGUCAGUCUGAAGUUUUCUACUAUCCGUGGUAUGCGCCAAUAAGACCACCAAAAGCCUGCCGAUCAAGCAGCGACGCUGCUCUUAGCUUUAAGCCGCCAUGGCACUCUUUUCAAUGGCAAGGACAGCGGGCGGUAUCUGCUUUUGACUGA